GCCCGUUCGCCUUACGUCGUCGACGUCGUCCCCGACGACGUUCUACCACCACAUUCAGUCGAUACCGGCCGACGGCGGUUACGUAACCGACGACCGUAUCACGGUGCCCACCACCAACCGGAACAUGCGUCCAUUCGAUCGUCGGUAGCGCGAGGAGCAGUCGAGGCGGCGGCCGCGUUAUGUGACACACACUCACCCACACACACACGCCGAGACCGCAUACCGAGUAAAUUGAUAUCCAGGUCCGUUUGACGUUUCCGGGUGGCGGUCGAGUUGGUACCGGAUCGGGCCGUAGGAGGAGGCUGUAACGAGGUGCACAAUCGGGGCACGACGAGGAUGGUGUGGUGAGAUUUGGUGGAGAGGAGACGUGCGGAGUUGACUGGCAGGAGAAUUGAGAGUUGUUGAUUGGCGUUUGGACGAUGGGCAGGAGAGCGAGGAAGACGAGGUGGCGCACACUAUCCAUCGCUGACGAGCAAAGCGACAGCGAGGAAUCGAACGUGGCCCCGGGCCAAAGGCUGUCCAAGUACCACCAGACGAAGACUUCGUACCUGCUUACCAGGUCUUCGUAUUCCGACAGGUCGUCGCCGCGCAGACGGUACCAGUACGACAGCACCAGGUCGUCGAGCACCACCAGCGAAACAAAGAUCACCUUCAACGAAGAUGAGUACACGAAAAUCACGACGCCCAGACAGGACGUGCUGUUCAAGAAGGGCUACCUCAACAAGCCGAAGACUUAUCAGAGUCAGACGUCGACCGGCAAUUCGACCACAUCUACCGGCAACUCCACCGGUAACGGCACGCCCGACUACCAACUUACAGAUAUAGAGUACGAGUCCCAGUUUGUCUUCCCCAACGGUUUCGUCGACCAAAAUGGAAUUUACUACGUUAACAGUUACGAACCGUACCCGUUAAUGGUGUACAAUCCCCCGCAAUACUACCCAGACUAUUCCAGGACGAAAAGACUCAGCACCGGAUCGUUGACGGAAUCGAUGAGCCCCAACACGGAGGAGGCGUCGUCCAGUCAAGAUUUGAACGAGGUGCCGGGCAACGUGUCCGAAUACCCCGUGUGCAACAUGGUCUAUCCCGAGUACUACGUCAAUCCGUCGUGUCCGACGCAGGACGCUCAGUCAGACACGCGCAGACUGAAGAAGCGCAGACGCAGAAGGUCGUCGAAGACGAUGGCCGGCCAGGCGGACAGCACGUCCGAGUACACCGACGACGAGGAGUCGACCGACCGCGACGCCAAGCCGCAACAAUCGUUGUCGAACACGUCGACGUGCACGUCACCCAACACGGACCCGACGCCCGACGAUUGUCCCAAAUACGAUCUGAAACCGGACGCCGAGGAGUUCGUGCCUCGCGCCUACCGGCCGCCCGAGUAUCCGGUCGCCCCGGGCUACGUGCGAGUCGUGCCCAUGCACCUGGUGCCGCCCAACGCAUUUAUACCGUUCGGCUAUCCGCCCAACGUGAUCGGCUACGUGCCCCAGUACGUGCCCAAGCAGCAGGGCGAGGAGGGCGUGGCGCCGUCGCAGGAGGUGCAGGCUGAGCCUGCGCCGCAACAGGCGGACGACGCGCAGCCGCAGGAGGUAAAAAUCGUACAGGCUAGGCAAAUUGAUCUCAACCAGAUUGUUUCCAAGCUGGAGGAGGUUAAGGAAAGGGAGGAGAGCAAGGAAACUGUGCAAAAACCCGAGCAGAGCCCAGCCAAACUGUCAACCAAGCCUGACUUCAGGAACAAUCGGCACAACAACAACAACAAGUUCAGGAACACGCCGGAAAGGAACAACCACAGAAGGAACUACGACAAGGAACGUCAGACGCCCGAGCGUUACUACAGCAACAACAACAACACAGCCAGAAAGCAAAACUAUUCAAGCCCUAAGCGCAUCACCAAAGACGACAAACUAAACUACUCGGAGAAAGUCAAAGAACCCGUCCCGCAAGCGGACGUGGUGCCCAAGAAACCCGAACCCAAGUCCCCUCAGAAAACUAGCCAAUGGAUAUCAGUCUCCAGCAAGAAAAAGCGUAAAAACAAGGUCGUGGAAGAGGCCGACGAUUUUUAUGACGAUGAGGUGGACGACUCCGGCCAGGAGUUCGAAAGCUACGACGUCACGCAGCUGGUGGACGUCGUGCCACCCUCCAAGGUCGAAGCGCAAACGAUCGAAAGUAUCCUCACCGACAUCAAAGUAAACGAAACUGCCAAUUUAGAAAACAAUUUAGUUUCAGACCGAAUUCCCGUUGUGGAGGAAAUUGAAAGACAAAUGGUCGCGGCCCAGGCCGAAGACGCUGCGGCCGACGACGUGGAUGAAACGAAAAAGACGAAGAAAAAGUCCAAGAAGGGCACGCAAAAACCGUUGACCAAGAGGGUCAUCAUCACCGACCUGUGCCGGCCCGAAUCUCCCGUUAAAGAGACAAAAGACGACAAAGACAAGGACAAGGAAGUUAAAGUUAAGGAGGCGGAGCCACCACAGGAGGUGGAGCCGUCGCAGGAAGUGGCCAAGGAGGAAGUAGCCAAGGAGGUAGUGAAGGAGGAGAAGGUGGAGGGCGAGAAGAAGCAAAAGAAAAAGAAGAAGAAGAGCCAGAAGGCGUCGACGAGUAGCGUGAGCAGCUCGACCACGACGCUGAACGCCACCGACGACACGUACGAUUUCCUUGAGGAGAACGACGCCAAAACGAACGUGGAAGUGUACCAGGAACUGGACAAGUUGAUACAGAAGGGCAUGUACAGCAGCCUGGAGACGAAGAUGCGCACGUUGAACAUUGAACGCAACGACGACUUCUUCGAGUCGGUGCUGAGCAAGAUCAGGAGCCCGGAGGCGGGCGAGCAGAAGCGCCUGGACUUCACGCGCAUAUUGCAGAGCACGAGGCGACUGUGCACGGAGCCGACGGCGCUGCAUCCGCUGCGACAGAUGGAUUUUUUCUAGAGAACCCGCGGGUGGAACGGCUCCUGCGCGUCCGCGACGACGACUGCCAAGACACCACUGAGACGUACCAUUACCCGAUCACCGAGGCGGUCAAGCAAUGGAUGAACGAGACCAGAGAACGGACGCCGGAGGUGGAGAUAUUGAAGAGCCCGACGGCGAUCCAAGAGGAAUUCGGUCCGGACGUGGAGGAGGUGGUGGUGUACGCGCGGGAGCCCAAUCAGGAGUACUGGGAGGAUGAGUUGUACAGUGCUCCGCGGGAUGAGACUGUUUGUUUGGGGUUGGACGAUGAUGAUGGGUUGCGGUGUUGUUCCAAAUGUGCGACCGAUGGCGAGAAUGAAGACGUGCCGCCGGUGUACGAGAGUAAAUACGGCAAGAACGAGGAUUAUCUUAAGCUUAAAGAAGAGGUCCGGAAGGCACAGCCGAAACCCAGACACGGGAACCUACCGUACAGGGCCGUCUGCUGCGAAAUCAUGUGAAUCCUUUUUGUUGAUUUGUACUUAAGCCACUGUUGCACUGUUAAAAAUUCUACCGUUGUAAUAUAUAUAUAAAUAUAUCUAUAAUAUAUCGUUA